UCGGCUAUGAUGGCAGCCGCAGGUUGACAUCGAUACAAUACUGAAUAUAAACUAUUUAAAAGUUAGCGGAAACCCCCCUGACACAAUAGCGUAGGUCAAACUAACAGUUUUCAGAUAGUACACGCUUAAAACACACCCGCCCGGUUUGGGGAACGGUAAGUUACCGAAGCUACAGUGAGCUUUGCAGUAUCAAAGUGGCACAGAGAGAAAGAGUGUGUGUGUGUGCUGCUAGAUACUCGCCUCUUUCUUGGUGUGCAUACACUCCUGUUUAUCUGUCGAGACCGGUGUCUACCUGAGAGCUGUGCUGAAACUGAACACACCUGUCCUGCCCACGUUAACUAAGUGCUAAGUGUGCAGCCGGUUAGCCGCUACAAUCAACCUAGCUGGCCCAAAGUGCUGCUGACGAGCUAAUGUUCAUGUUAACAGCAGCUGGCCGGGCUCGUCCUUCAUAUAUUACUUUGAGUAGACAGCUGCUGCUCCCACUGUGUGUCUGCUUUCAUAUAACUUAUUCAUUUAUCUUUUAAAGUGCUUAAGUUCAGGUGUCAUAAAGCUCAAACUCGCUCUGAGACUCACUUAGCUUCCCAGUGCUGAAGCUGACACUGUGAUCUUUGUGAUUUGUGAUCAGGUUGUGUGUUUUGCAGUUCAUAUUAUGAUUUAACAGGAUUUCUUGGAUAUGCAGGGAUCAUGCCCCAAUACCUGUCACAAGUCUGCAUGCCAAGGCAGGACUAUAAAGCAGCUGUUUACUUGAAACUACUCUUUCUUUCUCUCUUUCCAUUUGUUUUUGCAUCUUUGUGUUUGCAUGUUGAAGUGGCACUAUGCCCGCAGCUACUGUGGAUCACAGCCAAAGAAUAUGUGAGGUGUGGGCUAACAACUUGGAGGAAGAGCUGAAAAGGAUACGACAUGUCAUCCGAAAAUACAACUACAUUGCUAUGGACACAGAGUUUCCAGGUGUAGUAGCCAGACCGAUUGGAGAGUUCAGAAGCAACGCCGAUUAUCAGUACCAGUUACUGCGCUGCAAUGUGGAUUUGCUCAAGAUAAUCCAGCUGGGCCUCACGUUUAUGAAUGAACAAGGGGAAUACCCUCCAGGAACAUCAACAUGGCAGUUCAAUUUUAAGUUUAACCUCACAGAGGAUAUGUACGCACAGGACUCCAUUGAGCUCCUGACCACUUCAGGGAUUCAGUUCAAGAAGCACGAGGACGAAGGCAUCGAGACGCUGUACUUCGCCGAGCUGCUGAUGACAUCGGGAGUGGUGCUCUGCGACGGGGUCAAGUGGCUGUCGUUCCACAGUGGCUAUGACUUCGGAUACCUGAUCAAGAUUCUGUCCAACGCUAACCUGCCUGAGGAGGAGGUGGACUUCUUUGAGAUUCUUCGCUUGUACUUUCCGGUCAUUUAUGACGUCAAGUACCUCAUGAAGAGCUGCAAAAACCUGAAGGGGGGACUGCAGGAAGUUGCUGAACAGCUGGAACUGGAGAGGAUCGGCCCGCAGCAUCAGGCCGGCUCUGACUCUUUACUCACAGGCAUGGCUUUCUUCAAGAUGAGAGAGAUGUUCUUUGAGGAUCAUAUCGACGAUGCAAAGUACUGUGGUCACUUGUACGGGCUCGGCUCCGGCUCCGCCUACGUCCAGAACGGAACAGGGAACGCUUACGAAGAGGAGGCUAACAAGCAGCAGUCGUGACAUCACUCUGAAACUCUCCCAUCCGGUGGUUACGCAUCCACAAUCAGCGCGGCGCUGAAGCCAAGCAUCGACAUCUGGAUGACAACAACGGAAGAACAUAAAACAUACACGCAUCGUUUAGCAAGCUGUUUCUCAUAGGUUCUGCUCACCUUAGACAACUGAAUAUAAUGAUGGUCAAUAGGGGGGAGGGGAGGGGGGGGGGGGGAUCUCGCAGCUGUCUUCACACAUAACGCCAGUGCGCCUGUGUGGGUUUAGUGUUUUAUUCCUACGAAGCAGCGUAGACUCUCUGGUUGGUUCAGUUACAUUUAACAUGCUUGAAAGAGAUGGGAUUUUAGUUUUCCUAAAAUGUUCUGUAGAAACGUUUUGCACUUUAAAGCUCUAACCUGAUUUUAUAUAGAAAGCUGAAAAUGUUUCUGGUGUGUGUCUCUCCUCUUUGUUGCCUUCUCUACGUUCCCAUGUUACAUAGUGAACAUGUAAACCUUUACUACCACAAAGACCGCUUUCACCAUGCUCAGCCUUAAUAUUAGCUGCAUCUUUAUCUUUUAAACUUUUAAUUUAUUGUGCUGGUUAUCUGACACUAGAUGCCCCAGUCAACACUGAGACACCACAGGUCGUGGUCUUCCUCAGUUGUUUCUUGGAUUCCUCGUCUGAUAAUGAGAAAGGGAGCUUUCAGUUAGUUUUUGUUGAGUUUUUUCAUAUAACAAUGAUGUUCGUAAAGACCUAAAUAAGCUCUAGAGGCCUCUAGCUGCUUAUAGAUGGGAUGUAGAAUUAAGUGAACACCACGUCCUCUGUUGUAUUGGUUUUCCUGUCUGCAUUCAUGAUAAUGAUCAGAAUAGUUGCAUACAAACAUGUAUAUCACACCAUGUCAUACUUAUGGAAGAAUGCUUCAGCUAAUGUAAGCAUUGAUUAUUUGUACCUGUAAAUGCCCUCAUUGAGUCAAGCACACAUGAACACAGAUGCACCACAUCUCUAUACAGUCUUGGGCUGAUUUCAACCGGGCGUCAUAUUCAACAGACCUGAAGAAACAAUUAAAAAGUAUAGAAACACUCGCCUGCUGUAGGACAAGCUGAGGUUACUUUAAACUACUCUGUUGAGAGUAAAUGUUCUUUUUUUUUUUUUUAUUAAAAUGAAGGUUUUGUAGAGUUUUAGUGUUGUAAUAAAAACAAACAAAACUUUUAUUCAUUGGGGAAAAAAAUUAUUUUAACAUCUUUGUUUCGGUGGAGUUCAUUUGACUUGUAGUUCUGGCCUUUGAAUGACAUUUUUUGUGCAACUUCUUUUCUUCUUGUAUUGCUUUCCAGUUCAUUCAUGCUGCGUAGAAGAGCCGCAUGUACUAAAACGUUUGAAUAAAUGCUGUGUUGUUGAAUAGUAUCCAGAACUUCCAUAGGUGUGUGUUGAAGUGUAGGUUCACAACUUAUUAACCUCCCUCGGCGUCAGAUACUGAUAACUGAUAUCUUUUUUUUGUUUCUGCGGAACAUCUCUCACACUGUAAAAGAGUUUUAAAAAAGUAUAUGCAAUAUAAAAGAGGAUUGUUUUUAGAUUAUUUUGUAAAUAAAGGCUUGAAACUUUUCUACC